AUGAUAGAACUCAGACUACUGUCGGUUAUCUGUGAGACCUUAAUUAUUCCUUCCAAUGAGCUGGAAAAAUAUCCAUUAGGUCGAAAUGAGCUGAUAGCUCGCUACAUCCAGCAACGAACCGGAAAGGUGCGCACUCGAAAGCAAGUCUCCAGUCACAUACAAGUCCUCGCGCGUCGAAAAUCCAAAGAACUUCAGGCCAAAAUUCGUGACCCUGAGAUUAAAAAGGAGACUAUAAACCAGUUGGCCAAACUCUCUUCAGCUCAAAUAGUCUCUCGCGAUGUGGCAAAAGGACUACAUUCGGAACAUCAAAGUGGACAUCAUGAUGAUCUCUCGCCUUCUUCCUCAUCGGCGUCUCGUUCUGUUGCAGCAGCAGUCGCAGCUUUCCAUGGGCAAAAUCAGCCCUCACAGCAUCAACUCUUCCAUCAUCAGCACGAUCAAUACAUGACCUAUCAACAGAGUCAAUCUGUGAGAAAAUCGUCAUCUUCAGAAGGAGUUUCACAGAGAAAGAUAAUGCGACUUGCUCAUUUAGUGAAUUGA